AAACAUAAAGAUAAAUUUAAAAACUAAGAGUUCCGCACCUGGACGAAUUUGUAUGAAAAAAUCUGAUUGGCUGAAGCUGAGUAAUCAUCAUACUCCGCGGGUUACAAGAAUCAGACAAGUCCGUACACGCUAACACACCGGUUUCGACAGUUGCUAGCCACGCUAUACUCACCCGGCGUUGCUUUUGUCAGUGAGUUAUACUUUGGUUUCAGUUGCACGUCAACGUUCACUCGGUGAAGUACUACUGUCAGCCAAUGCUAUUUUUCGCGAUAUAAUAUUUCAACUAGGUAACACUUAUUACUUGAAUUAUUUUUGUUCGCCGUCAAUAAAAAUUAUAAUUAUUAUGAUAAAACAUUUUAAAAUUGUAAGUGUCGUUGCUGUUUCGUGUUAUAAUUAAGCAAACCAAUGUAAUAAUUAGUUGUAAUUAUAAAUAUUAACUUGUCUUCCUUACAUGCAAAAUUAAAUUACAGAAGAUUUAAUCGACAAAGGUUAAGUGUGCUGACAAAGAACAAUAACAAAAUUAUUGUUUCCGGAGUCUUGAUAAUAUUUAAAAGUGUCAGUGAAGAUUAUUUAAGUCUUGAAGUGAAGACUACAUAUCGCGUGUGCAAACAAGCGACGAUCAACGACCACGACGGUGUCACGGCAAAUAGACAAACAUUGAGUAUAUCUUGGUUAUAAGUUUAAACCAAGUAAACAUAAGAAAGUCGUGAUCCUGCGAAAAAAAAAAUCAUUUUUAGAAUUCAGAGGAUGUUUGCCGCCUAAAAUAAAAAUGUCUAUAAAAUAUUAUACUUAAUAAUUAUUACUGUCAAAUAUUUAUGGUGGAAGACAAAUAUAGUAUUAAGUUUUUAAUAUUAUUAUUAAAUAAAAUAGAAAGAAGAAAAUUCAAGAAUGACAAGUCGAAGAAUUUCACCGUGGUGCAUUAAAACUUUAAUCGUGGUGUUUAGUAUAGUUGCAAUAGUCAUUGGCGGACCUCCACCUUCACGUGACGAUGAACUCGAAGACUACUGCUCAGCGCACAAGUUCGAUAAAUUGCCGGGUGGUCUCAGAUUCACUAAAGAAGUUGUUACCACCGAGUAUGCUAAUAUAGGAGCAUUUAAAGCAGUACACUGUUGUUUACGUGGUUACAGGAGCAUUGAAUGGUAUAAAGAUGAUCGACCAUACCCUUGGCCAGGGGCACUCAGUCAUUUUAUUUUGUUCCCCGAGAGUGCCAAUCAAACAAUUUACACACGUGCUGCUAGAAUUUCUGAUGCUGGAAUUUACUCAUGCAGAGCCAGAAAUGACACCGAUACUUUAUCUAGUGAUAUCACUUUAGGAAUUGUUGGAGAAGACUCAAGUGGUUACACGGGAAAGCCAUUACCGACGUAUAAACCAAUAUCUCAGUUAGUACCUCUCGGAGAUGCGGCUCGACUCUUUUGCGAAGCUUACUUAGGCAAAGUUGAUUUACCAGACGCUAAAAAUUCAGUUACUUGGGCAAAGUCUGGCAGCAAUAUUACUUUUUUAAGUAGCGGAAGAAUAUCCAAGCACCGUGUAUCGAGAGAAGACGAUCAAAUUGUUGGGGCUUACUUGGAAAUUGAAUCAACGAUAGCAGAGGAUUAUGGCGAAUAUGAAUGCCGAAUCAGCAACGGCGCGGAUGAGGAGAUGACGCUAUCAGCUUACAUUUAUCGUCGAGAACCUCAUUUUGACGUUGGUGCUCGCUCCGGCUCCUGGAGAAAAGCUCUGCUAUUCGCUGUUCUUGGCCUCGUAUUAUUUGUCUCAAUUGGAGCAUUUUUCAUUCGGUGCUGGCUACCAAUAGCUGUCUUUUGUCGCAAUAAAUUUCAGUACAAUGAAGAGAACGAUGGUAAGGAAUUCGAUGCAUUAGUGUGUUAUCAUGAAAAAGACACAGCACUCGCGGUCAACACAUUAAUACCCACUUUAAAGACAAAACACCAUUACAAAUGUACAACACUUGAAUUAACCCACAUAACUCGUAAUUGGAAUUUGGAAAUCGGAGCAAAUGCAUCGUCUUCUCGCAGAGUAAUCGUAAUAUUAAGUUCAAAUGCUCUUCAAAAUGAAUGGACAGACACAACUGUAACUCAAGCACUGAAACAGCUGUCUCUAAUAUCAAACCAAGUUAUAGUAAUUAUUUUAAAUGAACUAUCCAACGUCGCGACUUUUGCAAAGUCUACUGGACACUGUAUUGAUGCCGCUUGUGCAGACGGAAUUGUUCUUGAUAAAAUGACUAUACUGAGAUGGAAAGUUGAUUCCGAAAAUGAUGCUGGCAGCUACAAAUUCUGGUGCAGACUCAGAUUGGCGUUACCUCCCGUGAGAUCUGUAUCUAAACAAUUGUCACCAGACUUUCAAUCGAGGUGUCAAUCUGUUGCUAUGAUCGUACAAAACAAUACUAAAACUACACCGCAAAAGACUCAAUCGCGUGAAAGCUUAGAGGUGCUCGUGUAAAUGUUUUUUAUACACUUUUUAUGUCGUGUUUCAUAUUAAAUAUUUUUUUUUACUUACAAUAACAUUGUAGAUUCAUUGUUAUAUUAUUAUUAUUAUAACAAUUAUUAUUAUUAUAUUAUUAUGACUUUUAUGAUUAUUAUAGUAUUAUGAUACUUUUAUAAGACGGUAAAAUUUUUUGUAAAUAUCAAAGUAUAAGCGUAAGUGUUAGCGUAUGAUGUAAGUUUACUGCAAAAUUUUUUUGUUUUAUUUAUUAUUUAACUUCUGAAAUUAUUUCUGAAUUUAUCUUAUUAAAGAUUUAAAUUUGAGUUAUUCCUUAUUAUGAAGGGUAGAAAGUUAAAAGAUAUUGAGUAAUUUUCAUAGUGAUUAAUAUUCUAUAUGUCGAGCGAGAAAAAAACUGAAAAUUAACUUGAAAAGGCUGUAUUUUUUUUUCUCAAAUUUUUUGUUUCGCAUUCAAGACAGACUUGAAUAUUCUAAUAAUUUAAGAGUAGUUUUAUGUUAUACAUCAUAUACGUCAUCCAAAUGAAUUUAAUUAUUUCUUGUAAGUAAACAUUAUCUUACUGCCAGUAUUAUAAAAAAAAAACAUUCAUGUAUACUACUAGUAAAGAAAAAUGUGCUUAGACAAGAUAUUUAAUUAUACAUAAAUAAUCGAUGCAAUUGUAAAUUUUAAAAUAGUAGUUCAUCAAAAAAUGGAGCUAAACAAUUUAAAUGUUUGUCUGUUUGGCAAAAUAAAACUAAUCGUCCGUAUGGACUCAUUAAUGAGGAUGAAAGUAAGAUGCAUAAAUUAUUAUUAUAAAUGAACUAUAAGGCUCAACUGAAAAUAUUAAUAUUUUUAAAAAGGAUUUUUGAUUAAAAAGGAAAAAAAUACGUGAGUAAAUAAACAAACACGAAUAUUAGAAAUGAGUGUUUGUAAUAUAUUAGUAAUUAUCAUAAUAUGUUUCUGUUAUCAUCUUUAUUACUCUAGGCACUUGUACUUCAGAAAAAUAUCUCAUUUAUUAUUUUUUUCUACCUAAUUUUAUUAAGUAUUCUUAUGAAAUAAGAUAGUUAAUGAAAUAAAUUGAAA